AUGCAGUCACCGACACAGUCCCCGCAGAAUCGUGGUGCAAGGGUCGGAACAGAUGUCCAUCCCGAGCAAAGACACGUUCUUGAAGUCGGAAUCAUCCGAGAAGAGGUCGAUCAAGCCAAAACAAUUGCCGGGAUGACUGACACAUCGUCGGCCCCAGAUCGAGAUGAUUUAGCAGUCCCCGACCUUGUCGCCACCAUCACCGAACAGCCCCGGAUCACUAAGCCCCAGAUUGAGACGAUGGAAACAACUUAUAAGAACUCCCGCGCUGCGAUCAGAAAGGAUCUUCAGUCUGGUUACUUCGAGAUCCCACCAUUCGCAUCCACCCAGAACAUCGACGACCCUAUACAGGAACCCGUGAGGUACCAGUUCCCUCCAGCUCUAAUGCCAUCCGGGUCCCGAUCGCAGCACCGGCGACGGUUUGAUCGAUCAGCCCUUCUCCCUGAUAGCAAUCUUCCCUUCUGUACACAGGUUAUGGAGCACGUGAAAGACUGGGCGGAAUGGGGAACAAGAAUUCGAGACGAACAGAGACGGAAGGAAGUCCUCGAUCAUGUUUUUGAUGUUUUAUCAAAAGCCUGGUACGAGGCAUUGCGUUUGGGCUACAAUCCUGGUACCACCUCCACAAAGGGCGGAGCACCUCAAGUUUCCAGCAAGCGCUCUGUACAGCAUGAAGACGAAAUCCCCGCUAGAUUGCCGCGCGGAAAACCUCGCUCAAAAAGAGAUAUAAGUCCGACCAAAAUGCCCGUCUUGGUUGCGAGCCACAGACACGGUCCAGCUUGGGCAGUCACAGCUGGUGAACUCGAAGAAGUUGGUAUUUCUGAAAGUAAGCUACGAAGACGGGCAGCUGCAAAAGACUCUUUGGGAGCUGUCGAGGAACUUCUGGGCAAAGUCCUCGAGGACUAUGGGGGGGAAAUCCAGCCCAAGGAUUGGGACCACAUCAUGGAUGUGACGCGACUAAACCCUAUGGGACGAGAUCUCAUGGUUUAUUGCCUGUACGAGGUGCUAAAGAGCCGCGAUAACCUCAAGCUGCUUCAGAAAUACUACAAUCACUUCAACACUGUCAGGCAGAAGGGAAACACCAAACGACGUAUCGACGAAGAGCAAGAACGUCAUGAUCUAUUUGUGGCUCUGGCGUUGGAACUUGACGAGGAAAACCCUUCGCCAGGAGAUUCGACCGCGUUUGAUUCUUCGACCAGUUGUGAAGGAUCAGCGGAUGGUGUGCCUGCGACAACCAAGGAUGAAAGCCUAGUGAGGCGACUCGAGGUACUUAUUCGCCUGAUCGGGGGGGUUCUUGAUGCGACUGAUGUUUCUUCCAUCGCCUCCAGUUUCGAGUACUCUGGGGUUUCUCGGGACGAUCUUUUCACAGAAGCCUCGCCUGUGGGUACGUCGAGAGGUUUCGGCCAGUGCAAGCACAUUUUGUGGGAUAUGCAGCCAAACGUGCAAGAGUGGCUCAGAUUGUCCAAGAUCGCGGAGCUGGCUAUUGAGCAAGAUGGAAACGUUGAUCUGCGUGCACAGAUCCGGAACCUGGAGCUGAAGAUACUGGACCAAAAAGAGACACUUAUGAGCCGCGCCCCUUUUUCGACGGCCAAGCAAAUUGCCAGCACAAGAAGUGAUGAUAGGAGCAACGCCCGCACCGAGCACUUUUCUGACGCUACUAGCACCUCUGCUACAUUUAGGGUUGGUUCACCAACGGCGGAAGAUGUGAGUCGAGUGUCGUCCGACAACGCCGCAAAGCACCGUCUCGAUAUCACCGAUGAAGAGACUGCAUUACCACCCACGAAGAAGCCAAAGACGGACCAGGGGAGAGGAGUUGUGGACCACCCUAUUCCCAUGGUGGAUGAGGAGCAGAUGAAUCGCAACAGUCAUAAAGCCGCUACACCAAAUAACAAGGACGGGGCGCGCAUUUCUUGUGGCAGCCCUUCUGAGAUAGCAAGCAGAGAAGCACGUCAUGACGGCCGAGUCAGGCUUCACAUCCCGCGACAUUUCAGACCAGACGAUUUCACGACCAAGAGAGUCUUCUGUCACCCAAAAGGAUUCAGAUUCCGCUUCACAGCCGAAUCGACCUUGUCUCAGCGAAGGUCGUUUAAAGAAGCACUGGAGAUGUACAUAGAGUCUUCAGUUGAGAAUCGCAAGGAGUACGUCUUUGGCCGGUAUGAGGUUGUUGCCGAUCCAAACGAUCCUGGAAGGACACCGGUUGUCCAUGGUGUCUGGGAUCUGAAGAAUGGAAGCGAGCCGGAGGGAUUCGAAUGGUUCUACCAGGGUGACGGCACAUAUCCUGUCACGGAGAAGGAGAUAUCUCCACUUCGAGAUCCAAAAGACAAGGAAGAUCUGCCUGCCCCGGCGCCACAAAACAAGAAGCCCGUCGUGAUUUUGAAGUUGAAGAAUCGCAUGCAACGAAAAGUCUCCGACUCGCCAGCCGGCGCUGCCACUGGCACGGACACCAGCUCAGUCAUCAAACCCACGACUAUGGCAGGUGCACGAGACAAGAACAAGAAACAAAAGACAGACAAGCAGAGACGAGUGCGCUUUACCGUGGGGCCGCCAGCUGUUGCGUACGCCAAUUCCCAGCAGUCGACCUCGGACCGACCGAAAAGAAGGGCCGUCUCAAAGAAGUCGUCCAAGUGA